GCCGGACCUGUACUUGAACUCGGACUUUCACUAUCCGUUAAACAUUCACGUCGAAAUGGAAGCGGAAUCCAUGUCAGGUGCGAAGGUUGCGAUAGAAAAGGACAAGGGAAACGCUGCUUUCAAACUAGGCGACUACGCAACGGCAGUGGGCCAUUACAGUGCUGCAAUUCUGCACGACAGAAAUGACUUUACUUUACCUCUGAAUCGGGCUGCUGCAUAUCUGAAGCUAGGCAAGAAUGAGGAUGCCGCAAGAGACUGUUCGACUGUUUUGUCAUUAAAUCCAACGAACGUGAAAGCUAUGUUUCGGAGAGGACAAGCGAGGGUUGGGUUAGGAAUAUUUGCGGAUGCAAAGAACGAUUUCGAAGCUGCAAUGAAACUCGACCCUAACAAUCAGGCGGUCCAAGAUGAGCUGGAAAAACUGCGAAAUAAACCUCCCGUCAAGGGGAAGUUUUCACCUCCAAAAGUACUGGAAACUCCCGCGGGCGUGAGGAGACGGGUUCCAAUUAAGAUUAUUGAAUCAGAAUCUCCAAGUACUCCACCGCGAGCAUCUGAACCUUUAAAGCCGGAAUCUAUUGCGACGCCGGAGCCUCCAUCGGAAACUUCGUUAUUGUCCGCAGCUCCCAAGACAUUUCAGGACGCCAAACGAGUGCGUGAUGAGGCGAAACUGCCUGCAAGGGUCGGUGGUGGUAUUUUCCGUGCCUCAGGCAAGAACACCAUUUUCACCCCCAGAGGCGAGCUGGAGACUAAGGAAGGGGAGAGCUCGAACACGAUUUCAAGUUCAAAAACAGACCCUUCAACGACCACCACAAGCUCGAGAACCACCCCUGGUGCCUCGAACCCAGCCAUCAACGAAAAAUCGGUCACGACAUUAUUCGACUUUACUAAAUCAUGGCUCUCGUUGACCACUUCAUCUGAUCGAUUCCAGCUGAUUAACCGCGUGUCACCGUCAGCUUAUCCAUCGUUUUUCAAAACGUCUCUGGAGCCCUCGCUUCUGAUAUCCAUCAUACAGACCUAUCUAGACAUCACGACCUCAGAGCCCAACGCCAUGGCGAGGGUAAAGGAAAGUAUGGAAGGGUUCCUGCAUGUUCCUCGGAUAUCAACGAUUGCUCUUUUCUUGAGCCGGAAAGAGAAGGAGAUUGUUCUUCAAAUACUGGAGAGACUGGAUGACGAAGCCUUAUCAAAUCGCUGGAGGGGUAUACUGAAGUGUUAACUAGGAUUUGAAAUAGAUGAUAUGAUUUUAAAAUCA